UGCAGUGAAGUAAGAACAGAACGUGAUUAACAAGUCAUACUGUUCCGACUAAUAUUGUUAUAUAUUACUAAGAAUAAAGAUGAUAUAUUAUUAAGAAUAAGAGGUUCCUUUUAUAAGAGAAAAUAGAAUCAAUCACCUCCUUAAUUUUAUGAGAUAUAAAAUAAUAAGAAUAGGAAGUAAUAUAUUAUAGGCAAAAUACUCUUUUUCGUUCUCUAACUUUCAUUCGGGGUCCAUUUUGGUCCCAUAAUUUUUAAAAAGUUCAAAUAACUCUCUUAUCUAUUAAAAACGUAGCACAAGAGUCCUUUCCGUCCAAUACAGACAAACGGACGUUUGUAGAUGUUUAUGUGGCAUCUUACGUGGACGUUACUGUACUCUUCUCCUUCGUUAAAAGGAAUUGGGGGCUAGGGUUAAACCAGAUUCUUCUUCCUCUACCCAAUUCUUCACAAAUUGGGGGUUAGGGUUUGCUCGAUUCCAGCUUUUCGAGAUUGGGAAGAAAUUGGGGGCUAGGGUUUUGCAGAAAGAUAACUUCAUGAAGUCGUCUCAAUGUUCGUCACAUAUCUUACAAGGUAGCCAUGAAAGUUUGAAUUAUGCGAAUUGUAGGAAUGCGAAUCUGCUAUGUAAUGUUGUGGUAUGCCAUUGUGGAGCUAAAGCCACCCUACGAAAGUCAAAGACAACGAAGAGUUUUGGAAGACAAUUUUGGGGAUGUCCUAAUUUUAAGGGACCUGUGAAUCCUGGAUGUGGAUUUUUCGAAUGGUAUUUGGAGGAAGCUGAAGAUAAAGAUGGGCAUUGUAUGCAACAUAUGGUGGAAAAGCUUGGAAACAAAUUUGAAGACCUACAAAUGGAUGUUGUCAAAGUUAGAUUGUCAAUUGAAGAGAUAAGGAAGGAGACUGAUCAAAUUCAAAGGCAACUGAAGAAGAUGAUGAAAUUGGAAAAAUGUUGUAGCUUGAUGAUUGUGAUCAUGUUAUUGGUUAUGUGUUUUUUUAAGGUUUAG